GUUACAAAACCCUAGUGGCAACACUGCUCGUGCUGUCAUUCUGAAUUAAAUGGCGCUGAUUUUGCAAGCAUUUUUGGUAAAUAACUAGAUAAAAAUGUCCAGUGACGGUGAUCAGUUUUACAGUGAUGAUGAGGAGGUGGUAAACAACACGAGUUCGGGCCGAUCAAGCAAAUCCUCGCGUCGCAGCAGUCGCAAUAGUAACGCCGCUGGCGUUGUCAUAGACGAAACGGAAACGGAGGAGGAGUACGAGCAGAGUGGGGAGUCGGAGGAAUCAGAAAAGAGUGAGAUUUCGGUGGAGUCAGAAAAGGGAGGGGAGUCGGGGGAGUCCGAGGAGUCUGGUGAUUCAGACGACGACAGCGUUCGUGUGCCCACAAAGAACACCAAAAGAAAGCUCCGGCCACUGGGCAUACCGUCCGAUAGCGAAGAUGAGGACGAAGAGCUGGAGCAGCGAGCUUUAUCGCCCAGCACGCGCAUGAGCAUCACCGGAGUUCGGCCCCAGGAUCUUAGCGAUGGUGACAGCGAAAUCGACUACAGUGAUGAAGGACAGGAGGUGCCCCAGGCAGUCGGUGGUGCAAAUAGCGAGGGUGAGGACGAAGAGCUGGAGCAGCGAGCUUUAUCGCCCAGCACGCGCAUGAGCAUCACCGGAGUUCGGCCCCAGGAUCUUAGCGAUGGUGACAGCGAAAUCGACUACAGUGAUGAAGGACAGGAGGUGCCCCAGGCAGUCGGUGGUGCAAAACUUGUGCCUCGCUACACUACACAUUUCGCGGAAAACAUUCAAGAGGCUCUUCACUCGACCCUCGGUGGAGCGGAUCUGGAGCCCCCGGAAGACUCCAGUGGCAGCGAUGUGCUAAUUAUUAGCAAUAAGGAGACGGCAAUCGAGAUAUCCAGCUCGGAAGAAGAAGUCAGCAACAACAAAGAAAACCUAUCAGUCAAUCCAUUUCCGCGUUCAUCCAGCUCCUACUCGCCAAGAAGCAGCGCUGGAGCUCCAGUGGUCAAGACCACAAAGAACCUUAGCCAGCCCACCAUUAUGGCGGCUCUCAAGCAAGGGAACUUGUCUGGCAGUCCACUAGGCUCGCGGGUAAAGAGCGAGGAUCAGAGAGUCGUCAGUCAGGAGGUCUACGAUGAGGAGAUGCGCAAACUGGCCGAAAAGCGUGCUCAGCUAAGCGAUGCGGAGAAGCUGUUCGAAAAGGUGGCACACAAGCUGCCCGAUAAGGGCAGUCAGAUAAUGAAGCGCAUUGAUGUCCUGCGCAAGGAGGUCGAAAACAAUGCGCAAAUCGCGAGCCGUUUAAAAGUGGAGCCCAGUAAGAUGCCCGCCAUCAAAGCAGCCAAGCCAAUGUUUAAUCCACCCAGGGCACCAUCUAUCGACACUCCCGACUGGGACGAGUUGUCGGCGGCGGUUAACCAGAUCAAACCUGUCUACACGGGCACCCAGGGAAUGGCUACGUUCAACAACCAAAAGGCUCUGACUCUGGAGUCUUUAAAGGACCUCCAUGGGUCGCUUAAGGAUUGCCCUGGGCCCGAAGUUCUGGCGGAGGAUCCAAAGGGCCUUAAAGUUCCGCUGAUGGAUCACCAAAAACACGCCUUGGCCUGGAUGUCCUGGCGCGAACGACAACUACCACGCGGAGGAAUUCUGGCUGAUGAUAUGGGCUUGGGCAAGACUCUAACCAUGAUAUCUUCCGUGCUGGCAUGUAAGAAUCUUCAGGAGAGGAAAUCGGGCGAGGAUCAGAGCAGCGGAAGCGACAGUGAGGAUGAUAAGAACAAAAAGCGAAAAAGCACAGGCGGAUGGAAUUCUAAGGGCCGGAAAGACUCCCACAAGGGUGGCACUUUGGUAGUCUGCCCGGCCAGCUUGCUGCGUCAGUGGGAAAGCGAGGUGGAAUCGAAAGUGUCCCGUCACAAGCUUACCGUUUGCGUGCACCACGGCAACAAUCGGGAGACCAAGGGGAAGCACCUUCGCACCUACGACAUUGUGGUGACAACAUACCAAAUUGUGGCCCGGGAGCACAAGAACUUGAGCGCCGUGUUCGGAGUCAAGUGGCGGCGAGUCAUUCUGGAUGAGGCGCAUGUUGUGCGCAACCACAAGUCGCAGUCAUCGAUGGCAGUGAGUGACUUGCGAGCCAAAUAUCGCUGGGCCUUGACUGGCACUCCCAUCCAAAACAAGGAGCUGGAUGUGUAUGCGCUAUUAAAGUUCCUUCGCUGCUCUCCCUUCGACGACUUAAACACGUGGAAGAAGUGGAUUGAUAAUAAGAGCGCUGGGGGUCAGAACCGCCUCAAUCUGCUAAUGAAGUCUCUCAUGCUCAGGCGCACCAAAGCGCAGUUGCAGAUGGAUGGCAAGCUUAAAAGUCUGCCUAACAAGGAAAUGCGCCUGAUGGAGAUCUCGCUGGGCACCGAAGAAAUGAAUGUUUACCAAACAGUUAUGACUUAUUCCAGGACCCUGUUCGCCCAGUUUCUUCAUCAGCGCGCCGAGAAGGACACUGAUUUUAAUUACAGAAAUGAUGCCAACAAGCCGACAUACAAUCAAAUCAAAGACCCUAAUGGCGCGUAUUAUAAAAUGCAUGAGAAGUUCUCUAAAAUGGCCGGCAGCAAAAGAGAGGUCAAGUCUCAUGAUAUCUUGGUGCUUCUGCUGCGCCUGCGACAAAUUUGCUGCCAUCCCGGACUGAUCGACGCUAUGCUGGAUGGAGAGGAGGCCCAGAACAUGGAAGGCCACAGUAGUGACAGCGAUUCGCCGGAAAUCGACUUGCUAGCACAGCUCAAUAAACUAGCCAUUACCGACACAUCCACCGAGUCGCGACCUUUUGGUGCCGGAGGAGGUGAUGGAGGCGAUGAUGGGCACCCGCUGGGGGCAGAUGAAGCUCGCAUCGCUAAGGCAUCAAAAAAUCUCCUCAAACGCACUAAUCCCGUGUUUAACCUGAGUCGCCCCUCUUCAAAAAUGAUAAAGGUUAUAGAAAUACUCAAGAAAACGAUUCUAUCAAGUUCGGACGACAAAGCCAUAGUAGUGUCGCAGUGGACAUCGGUGUUGGACAUCCUUCGGGACCAUUUGGAUAGGGAUAGCGUACCGACACUGUCGCUGAACGGAUCCAUUCCAGUUAAAAACCGUCAGGACAUUGUGAAUCAGUUUAACGAUCCGAAUAAUCAGAAGCGAGUUCUCUUACUUUCCCUCACCGCUGGCGGUGUGGGUUUGAACCUGAUUGGUGCCAAUCACCUCCUGCUUUUGGAUCUUCACUGGAAUCCCCAGUUAGAGGCUCAGGCCCAGGACCGAAUCUACCGCGUUGGACAAAAGAAAGACGUGAUUAUUUACAAGUUUAUGUGUGUCGAUACUGUUGAGCAGCGGAUCAAAGCGUUGCAGGAUAAGAAAUUGGAGCUAGCCAAUGGUGUUCUUACGGGCUCAACUGUGAGUUCCAAACUCACCAUUGAUGACCUAAAGGGACUCUUUGGGAUGUAAACUUUUGUACUCAUACGCGUCAAAAAAAUUGCGUUCUGUUUAUAUAUACAGCGAAAUGUUUAUUCAAGAUAGAUGUAGAUUUCUUUAUGUUUUUAUUUCUUUGUUUCAAAGCAUUUGUAUUAAAAUUAACUAGAAUACGAUUAAAGUGUUUGGUGAUUUAUAAUGAGUUCCAUUAAAAUUGAAAUGUGUUCUACUAA